AGCUGUACUUCUAAACUUAGUGUUGGAUAUUGCAGAAUUAUCUGGGGCUUUUUACAGCUGUGUGGCUCAAAACAAAAGCAAACCGUGGUAUAUGAAAGGGGCUUUGUGUUUGGACAGAGCUGUGAGCCGAUUUACAAUGUGGAAGGGAGAAUUUAACACAUUUUUCUGGCUGUGCAAGCACCAUAAAACUGAGAGGAGCGCGGGCUCUCGAUGACAAGUGCAAAUAUUUGCUGCAAGAUUAAUGUAUCCUGUGAAAAUAGUGGCAAGAGUGGACUUCUGCGUAAUAAAGCAUGAGGUAGUGUUAAUUUACCUGGACAGGCAAACCUUCGUGGAAACCUUUGCAUUUGGAAGUCUUUAAGGAAUCAUGAAUUUGUCAUCCGUAACUGGUACUUCAACUCUUAUGUGAAAUGUUCAACUGAAGCUUUAUUUCAACUGGUUCAAGCUUUUGAAAUUUCUGAAGACAGAUUUAUUUUUGCAGCCCUCCUCCACUCCCUCCCCUCUCUAUCAGCCUACUUGUCCACUGAAGGAGGCACAUUCAUGCAUUGCUUCUCCCACUGCAAAUCACUUUUCUGAGCUCAACAGAGCUCUGAAUUCAUCGUGUCAUACUGCAUUCUUCAAGCUUGCUACUCCGAUGAGACCCUACAGUGUGUGGCUGAAGGCAGGACUUUGAUCGUUAUGAGUGGGGAGUGCUGACCCUUAGUACAGACUUGUUCUUCUGAGUACAGACCGUGUGGGCGGACCAUACAUCCUGAAGCAAUGCAGUUUUUCAGUGGGAUAACAACAAUACACUGAGGAAGAUGAAUCCGGAAUCGCUGGACACCUGCAUUCAAAGCAUUCUCUCUGCUUUGUAUCCGCCGUUCAAUGCCACAGCCCCCACUGUGCUCAGUCAAAUCUUCAGGGUGAUUGACACCGUGUACAAGGGAGAUGGACUCUGCUGCUUACUAGAUUUCUUGAUUCCAGCAAAGCGUAUCCUGGAGACGGUGCAACAAGAUGCUUGUGUAAGUAUGGCUGAAUAUUCAAGCCUCCUGUUCCGUCACGAAGGCUGGCCUCUGUGCCUCCACGAGAAGGUAGUGGUACAGUUGUCAUCGUUCAACAUUUUCCUUCUGCGCCCGGGUGAUUUCUAUCUACAAGUUGUACCUGUUGCAAAGCAGUCAGCUCGGAUUGUGUUGAAAUGCUUGGGCAGGGACCUCCGCAGCGUGGAGGAGAAACUGAUACCAGAAGUGUCCUACACCAAUAUUUUUACCUCAGAGUGGCUGGAAACUAUAAACAGUGAACGUUCUGGGACACCAUUGCACACUUGCCUACUAGCCACAGAUAAUGGGGUUGUGAAAGAGCUUUGGUCUAAAAUAGUAAGCCCUGAAUUUGUAAAUAAAAGCAAAGUAACGGCCCCAUCUGGGCACAGAAUUCAUUUUGUUCAGGAAACAGAAAACAACUGUGAUUCUGCCAGGAUGACUUUGCAGACGGGGGCAGAGACUAAUCAUUCACUUAGGGCUUCUGAGCCAGUCUCUGAUACUAAGACAAAACAAAAUCCUUCGCCUAACUUGGGCCAAAAAGAAGGCACAAAAUGUUUAAGUCACCAGUCCAUGAAACUGGGAAUGAUCUCCCCAAAUCAAUACGAAAUCUCCAAUGAAAACGUUGAAGGAGAUUAUGUGGAUUUAAUGAUGUUUUCUAAAGAAAAAUGCUCUGAUAACAGGACUGCAGUGCUUCCACUUAAGAAAGGUGAAUCUUCUGUGGUUCCGGUCAAUGGCACGUGGGCAUGUGGAGGGACAAUUAGGUUUGCAACUGAACCUUGCACACCAUGCUUAAGCAGAAGGUCAAACAGAGACUUGGAAAACCAAGGGGUAAAAUGUCGCUAUCGUGAGUCUUACAUUGAAGCUCUGCAAAACCCUUUGAGCUUUGGGUUCAGCUUUCAGGAGGCAGAAGCUUCUGCAGAGGACAGGAAAGAUCUCCUGACUAAUCACAAACUCAACAGUGAUUCAAAAAGCCCAGUCUGUUACAGGAAAAUCCAGGAGCCCAGAAGUUCCUCCAGAUCGACCACUGCAUCUUCAUGCAAAGCUACAAAUAAGGACAAAGUAGUAGUGCACUCCAUUCCAUCCUGCACUUCAGUUAAGGCACCAUACCAAUCGAUAGCUAAGUUUGAGCCUCGUAUAGGAUCAGGAUCUUCAGAAUCCCCCACCAAACAUGCAGUUCCUGAUGGCAAAAGAUCAUCCCUGCCGGCUGCUGAUACUCUGUCCUCUGAACCUUCCACCGGCAGGAAAAGUGUGGAAGCUGCAAAUCGGUGUUCAGCUGGUUACAUAUCUCCAAGAAACCGUAGAUAUAAAUCCCAGGGAAAAGAACGGAUCCAGAAGAGGUUUCCUACACAAGCCCUGGACUUAAACACUGAUCUGCUACAAUCGGGAGUUGCAUGCUUACCAGGAAGCAGGGAUAAGGCAGGGAGAGCUGCGUUACAAAUCUGCACCGAUAAUAGCCUGCUGCAGGGGCAGCUCUGCUCCAGCAAUGACCUGGUCAAGCUCCUACUGUACCUCUACAGCAUUCCCAGGAAGGAGGUUGGUGACCUGGGUCUGGCCAUAGUUGUGGAUGCUAGAAAACGCCCCCCACACCCUGUGCUAUUUAAGGCUUUUGGAUUACUGCAGGAACGUGUCCCCCACUCCAUUCACUGUGUACUGAUACUGACAGAUAAAGAAGCAACACUCAAGCUGGAGAAGUGUCCAGGGAUAUCAAUGGAAGUUUUGACAUCCUUGAAAACGCUGUAUAAGUUCAUUGACAGCAAUCAACUGACUGAAAAUCUGGAGGGGACAUUUCCUUACAAUCAUUCUGAAUGGAUUCAGUUCCGUAUGAAACUUGAGUCGUUCAUUGCAAACUGCAGGGAGGCUUCCAAUUUAUUACUGGACACCAUUAGAAUGUUCGAAUCUAAUAAACCCAGCAACACUGCACAGGAGGUUAUGAACUGCAUCAGUAACCACAAGAUGACCAUGCAGAGGGUGUUGCAGGACGCCCGACUGGUUAACUUACAACUAGAAGGUGGAGCAAUUCUCACCAGGCUGAAGAAAGAGCAAGCUCGAUUCAGUUUCUCCGAGGACUACAGAGAUGCCAUUGAUUCAGUAACACCACUCUAUAAUAUGGUGGAAGAGAGUGUCCAUACUCUGGUGAUGAGGUCUAAUCAGUGUCUGCAGCACCUGGAGUUCUUGCAGGGUCUGAGGACAAUCGAGGACAAAUUUAAACAGCAAAACAACUGGCUCCUUUGCACAGGUGAACCAUAUCUGCAGAAUUCAGUCACAGAUGGAGAUUCACUCAAAGCAAUACAACAGACACAGCAAAAGUUCAGUGAAUUCUUUGUACUGGCCAUGCAGGAAUACAAAAAGAGUUUGGAGCUGUUGCAGGAGGCAGACCAACUGGAUGGUUUCUCCUAUCCUGAGUUUUCAGUGUUCAAAGAUAUGGUGGACGAGUUUAAAACACGGCUUAACAACUUUCACCUUAAUGCCAAGAAACAUCAGACAGAAUUGGAUACCCUCGUCAACCUGUACAACUACUGUGAUAAGGCUAUGAAGUUGACCGAGGAUUGUAAAUGCUGUUUGGCCCAGCUGGGAACGAGUAGCUCUCCAGACCUUGGUGAAGAGACACUGCACCAUCUCGAGAAUUACCAGCAAAGGUUCUCGGAGUUCUCUAUGGAAAAUUUUCAGCAGAUGAGGAGUCGGCUCCACAGCCUAAAUAGCGUCAAAGGCAUGAAGAUGUGGAAUGUAACCUUGCUGAAUUGUGAAGAGGUCAGGCAACUCCUCGAGGAAACCCUAGACGUGUGCAGGAAGAGGCUAAAAGCUGCUGGAACUCCUUCCUCAGAGAGUGAUAGAGAGCCCAGGAUCACAGAGCAAAAGAGCAGCAAGGACUCAGUCACAAGUACCUCUCACGCGAGUGGGAGCUUUUGGCCUGAAGCAGGAAUAAUCUGGCAGAGAAAGGAAGAACACAAACCUUUGUCUGUGAAGGACAUACAUAACCACAAAGAAAAUGUAACAAACAAGCCAAACAGAGUGCAAGCAAAGUCUUCAGUAUUUGAAUGGCCAGUGUGUCUGAAUUCAAAAGAUGUGUCAAGUGGUGAGAGGAGCCCGCAAAUCCCUUCCCUCCCUUCUUACUCAGAUCCUGUCUUUUCUCCUUCUGUUCGGCACAGAAGUUAUCCCUCCAAGAAGAUCAUGCAGGCAGCACAGGGCUUCCAGCUCUCUCGGCACGCUAGCUUUUGCUCUGAAGACAAACAUUCUCGGAGUGCUGCGAUUGACAGUGACAGGAGAGGUGCUGCUCCAGUGAUCAGCUCUGCUCUCAGUGAACCUGAGGGAUCAAGUCUGACACAGGAACCAACCAAGGAGAAUUCAUGUAAUAAACUUCAACACAUUAUGGAGGAGAUAUUGAUCACUGAGAGGGAAUACGUCCGUUCUCUUGGAUAUGUCCUUUCGCACUACUUCCCUGAGAUGGAUCGCCUGGACCUACCGCAGGAUUUGCGGGGACAGCGAGGGACUAUCUUUGGAAACCUGGAGAAACUGUAUGAUUUCCACAGCCAAUACUUCCUGAUGGAGCUGGAAAGCUGUGCAAGGGACCCCAUCAGAGUUGGACGCUGCUUCCUCAGACACGAGAAGCAGUUUGGACUUUAUGCAUUGUACAGCAAGAACAAGCCCCGGUCGGAUUUCCUGCUCAGCAGCCAUGGAAACACCUUUUUCAGGGCCAAACAGCUGGAAUUAGGUGACAAGAUGGACUUGGCGUCCUACCUUUUGAAACCUAUUCAGAGAAUCAGCAAGUACAACCUGCUCCUGAGGGAUAUGUUCAAAGCGUGCAGGGCCACCCAGGAGAAGGAGUGCAGGGAGCUGCAGGCAGCUCAUGAUAUUGUGUGUUUCCAGCUCCGCUAUGGGAAUGAUCUUCUUGCUAUGGACGAUAUACAGGAGUGUGAUGUGAAUCUGAAGGAGCAGGGCCAGUUGUUACGUCGAGAUGAAUUUGUUGUGUGGUAUGGGCGAAAGAAAUGUUACAGACACAUCUUCCUUUUUGAAGAUCUCAUACUCUUCAGCAAGACCAAAAAAACUGAAGGAAGCAAUGACAUCUACAUUUACAAACAAUCCUUCAAGACUUCCGAAAUCGGAAUGACGCAUAACUCUGGUGAAAGUGGACAGCGUUUCGAAAUUUGGUUCAGAAGACAGAAAUCCCAAGAUACAUACAUCUUGCAUGCACCAACUGCAGAUGUGAAACAGGCAUGGAUCGAUGACUUGGAGAAGAUAUUGUGGAACCAAGCAUUGAGGAACAGGGAACUCCAGAAGCAGGAGAGGGUGUUCAUGGGCAUUGGCAAUAAGCCAUUUAUGGACAUCAAACCUAGCGAAGCAGCCAUCAGUGACAGAUCGGUUGACUGCACCACAAAAGGGAAAGAGCAGGCCAAGAGACCAAAUUCCAUUGGAUCGAAUGGCAGCGUCUCCUCCUCAGGAAGUCAAUCUUCCUCCUCAUCUUCUGGCAUUGGAUCCCUGAACGUGCACAGUUACUCCUCCUCACCUUCAGCUUCCAGAAGCAACACCGGCAUCAACAACUGCUUGUAUAACAAAGGGAUGUGCAUUGAGGAAGAUGACCUGGAGAAUGACUCCAGUGGGAGACCUUUUAUUAUUGAGAGUUCGGAAACAUCCUCCCAGUGUAACUCCACAGAGAGCGUGAGUGGCUUCAGCAGUUCUGAACACAGCAGCCUUUCCCUGACUGGUGGAGAGACGGAGGAAGUGCUGCCCACCUGCUCUGGGUCGUGCAAGCCCAGUUCAGAUCCAUGCUCACUCUGCACACCCCCAUUACUGCCAAAGGGAGAACUACCAUUUGGAAACAUGAUCAAUAAGGAAAAGUCACCCGAAGUACCUGUGAAACGUUCAACAGCUGUCUGACCUUCUGGGACAUCACUUUAGCCUGAGAACCAAUGAACUACUGGUGGAAGAUUGGAAUCCCAACUGCUGCUGAGCUCUAAGAUUUAAUUCCAGUUAAGAGUUGCAGUGAGCUGACAGAUUUGUGGGAGUUUACUCUGCCUUCUGGGAUUUGCCCCGACAGAUUGUGGUUUUCAUUUUCAGAGAAACAGAUGCUGAAACAUAGCAGAAUUCAAAGAAAAAUGACCUCAUUCUUGGAACUGGCUUCCCGAGUCAGAUGGUGAGCUGUGACCAAACCCACAGAUGAGGUACUUUCAAAGGCCACUGCCACAGAGAGAGAGUUUCUCCGUGGGCCUGUGCUGUUCUGGUCCAGGGUGCAUUGACCAGUAACAUCCAGCCUCACUUUUUCAUUCCUAACCCCUGUAAGGUUUGGAACGGCAAGCUCUAACAGAAACAAAAGAAAAAAUCCAUUUAUUGCAGAAUGGAAAAAAAAAUCAAACAAGGAAAUUUGAUUUUGGAGAAAAUGGCACAAAGAGGUCUAAAGGGAACAGGCAAUACAAGUAUAACCUUUUCAUCUAAUUAUUAAAUCAUAAAUAUAUUUUAAUAUGUACCACAAAGGCCUGUUGAUAUAACGUUGUAUAUUGUACUGUUGGCCUCUUGCACACCUUUAGCUUUAAUUGCAACACUUAUAAAAUGCAGAAAGUAGUCAGUCAUAAUGCUUUUAUAUUUUUACAACACUAAAAACAUUGCUUUUCUUGAUGAUAAUAAUCUUUUGAUCCUACUUUGGGUAUUUUUUUUAAUAUAAUUCUAUGAUAACAUUAGCUUUAUAAUAAAUACUUCUAUCAAACUUGUCCCGACUCCGUGAGUGCCUGCAUCAGGUGACACAGACAUAAUGGAUCUAAAUUCAUUCUGUUGUCGCCAGGGACUCACAGGCCAGACAAGACAUAGCUCAACAUAUGUCUAUGAAAAGGCACUGCACGCCCUUCCUAAGGGUAUCAGUAGAUCGACUCACUCAUCACUGACAAAUGACUUUAUUCUUCAAACGGUUUAAAAACUUUCCCAGACAAUCCAAUUAAUUGCCUGAAUUUCAGAACUCACCUUAAACUGGCUGCAUUUGAACUCCGGCAGGUAUGUGGUCAAAGCAAUCUCUCUGGCCAGCUCUUGGGGUGGUUGUGCCUGAUUCCACUUCAAGGUAGAUGACAAGGCUUGGAAUGCAUUCCUGGCUAGAGUAACCCCUGCCUCAUGUAGCUCUUGGGUGGUGGAUCUUUUGG